AGCAGCACACAGAGCAGCAGCGUGCAGCAGAGGAAGAAGCUGUCGUCCAUCUGUGACACGUGUAAGGGCAAGAUGCAGCUGGUUGCCGACCUCCUCCUGCUCUGCAGCGAGACACGGCCCGUGGUCACCGCGGACGGCGUGGCUGUGGCCGAGACCUUCGAGCAGUGCCGCGACACGGUCAUCGCCCGCACCAAGGAACUCUCCAUCCUCACCCACGACAUCCAGUCGCAGCUCAACAUGGGCCGCUUCGUCGAGGUGGGAGACCGCUUACUAGAGAUGGGGGACCUGGUGGUGUCGUUGACCGAGUGUUCGGCGCAUGCCGCCUACCUAGCGGCGGUAGAGACCACGGGUUCUCAGCCGUGUCUGCCAGGGCUGGUGGACCGCUACAAAGUGACACGGUGCCGCCACGAGGUGGAGCAGAGCUGCAGCAUCCUCCGGGUCACAUCGCUGCCGGACCUCACGCCCCAGCUACUCCUGGAGCUAUCUCAGAACAUCUCCCGCAGCCUCAAGACCCUGACAGACGCCUCGGGCCUGGCCAGCGAGAGGUCCAAGGACCGCUUCGCCAAGGAACAGUUCAAGCUCAGCGUCAAGAGCAUUAGCACGAGCGGCACGGCCCUCUUGGCCUGCGUCCGUGAAGUCAAGACGCAGCCCAGUGAGCUGACGCGCAACCGCUGCGUCCUGUUCAGCGCGGCGCUGGUCCAAGCGGUAAACGCAUUGGUCGGGUUCGCCACGGAACCGCAGUUUCUAGGCCGGGCGGCGAGCGUGUCGCCUGAGGGGAAGGGUGUGCAGACGGCGGUUCUGGGCGGCGCCAUGAGCGUGGUGUCAGCGUGCGUCCUCCUCACUCAGGGCCUCCGGGACGUCUCCCAGCAUCCAGAGAGCAGUACUAAGAUGGCAGACUACAGGGAGCGCUUGCGCAACUCGGCGUGCGCGGUGUCGGACGGCUGCACGCUGCUCUCACAGGCGCUAAGGGAGAGGUCUUCACCCAGGACUCUACCGCCAGUCAAUUCCCAUUCUGUGAAUUAGUUGAAUAAAGAAAUAGAAAUAAACCCAUUCUAGAAGUGAUCGUGGAUGAGAAAAUCCCAUCUCUAUCUCCUUGUUUUGGCAUACCAAAGAGACUGGCUCGGAUUGGCCCAGUUCGUUUAGGGUCGGGAGGUUGAGUGAGAGCAGAGAGCGAACACAAAGGAAGGAGUCUGGAUCUGGUUCUACGGAUGAGAUAGGUGUGCUGUGUUUGGAGUUUUACUGAGCUUAGAAGUAACAACAUCGGAAAACAAGGUUUUGGUUGCGCUGGAUGUGACCAGAACCUCACCGUAAGAAACAGACAACUUAAACUCAGUCUCCUAUUUACAUACACCUGUUGGCCUUCUCUUUGCCAAAAACAAACAUACAAUGAUCUUAAAACCUGAUAAAGUUUACCUCAGUUUUCAGCUAUGGUGAAAACGCCAGAUAUGAAAUGAUGGAUGUAGCCUGCCGUGUGUGUGACCUAUCACCUAUGACCUAUGACCUAUGGACCCCCAGGUGACCUGUAGUAGAUGUACAUGUGCUCUAGUGAGAGUAGGAAGUAAGAAGAAGAGUGUCCUCCAUCGCUUGUGUUUUUCAAUGUGUGAAAUUCUUAAAAUGGGUAAAAGCUGCUGUGAGUGUGUGCCAUAGGUUUUACACUAUCUACCAGACUUACCAUAGUAUUGUUCAUGUGUUUUUUUUGA